AUGGAAGUAGAAGCAAAUAAAGUGAAGAACUUGUCCAAGCAAAGCUCCUCCUCCAAGAACAAAGAUAUAGCUUUCAAGGCAAACAAGAGCAAACAAGUUGAAGAAUCUUGCUCAAGUGAAGACGAAAGCUCCGAUGAUGAAGAAGUUGCUUUAUUUGUAAGAAAGUUCACGAAAUUCAUGAGGAAGGGAGGAUAUAGCAAGUAUAAAAGAGAUAUGCCCAAGAGAAGAACUUCCAAGAGGGCAUGCUAUGAGUGUGGCGAAGUUGGCCAUUUCAUAGCGGAUUGCCCUAACAAGAAGAAGAGCAAAGACAAAGAAGAAAAGAAGGGCAAGCCAUUUAAAAAGAACAAGAGUAAGGCAUACAAGAAGAAAUAUUCCGGUCAUGCUCAUAUUGGCGAGGAGUGA